UCCGCACAACGUCAAAUUCCGUGAUUAUUUUGAUAGCUACGAUGGCUGCCAUUGCGAUGAAGUGUUGUUUAAUUUUCUUUUUAUUGGUGAAUUAUUCCAAAGGUGAUGUGGCAGGGAACCUCCUUUUAGAUGAGAAUCAAGAAAAUUUGGAUAUAAGCUCAUCAAAUAUGAAUCCACGGGAACUUCCAGUGCAAAACUCCAUACAAGUGCACCCUAGGAGACAUUCAAAGUCGAAAAGACGUAUGAAAAGAAGAUACAAAUGUUAUUCAUGUGAGCCCCCUGAUUGCCGAAAUACUACAAUUAGUGCUACACUAUGUCAAAAUGCGAUACAGUGUUGGAAAUCGCGUGUUCGUGACAUCUAUGGUGAAGAGAUGGUGUCUCGCGGAUGUACAACUUCAUAUGAUCAAUUGCCUUUGUUCUGCAAUAGUCAAAACACCAACAACUCAGGACCCAGGAAACGACAUACAUCGGGUCAAUAUAACAUAGUAUGUUGUUCUGGCGACUAUUGUAAUGACGGCAGUUUUCCUGAGCUACCUCCCUUAAACGACGUUACCAAAAUGGAAACACUCAAUGGUUACGUUCUAAAAUUCACAUUGUCAGUGGGUGCCUCGAUACUAGCGAUGCUGUUAAUAGGUACGCUAAUUUUAUUUAUAUAUCGUCGGUCACGAUCCCAUAAAAAACGGUUAUUGGAGAUGCGCUCAAAACGAGAUCUGGAGACUUAUUAUGCUAGUGAUGAUUUAUUGCGUGCAACAAGCGCAGGAGACAGUACUCUUCGCGAAUACUUAGAGCAUUCUGUGACUUCUGGCUCAGGCAGCGGUCUUCCACUUCUCAUUCAGAGAACUCUAGCAAAACAAGUUACAUUGGUAGAUUGUAUUGGACGCGGACGCUAUGGUGAAGUGUGGCGGGGAGUCUGGUAUGGUGAAAACGUUGCAGUCAAAAUAUUUUUCAGUAGGGAGGAGGAGUCAUGGAAGCGUGAAACUGAAAUAUAUAACACAAUUCUACUACGUCACGAAAAUAUAUUAGGCUAUAUUGGAUCAGAUAUGACAUCGCGCAAUUCGUGUACGCAGCUUUGGUUAUUAACGAAUUACUAUCCGAACGGGUCAUUAUACGACCAUUUAAAUAAGACUACACUUAGCCACAGUGACAUGAUUGUGAUAUGUUUGUCAAUUGCCAAUGGUCUUGUGCAUUUGCAUACAGAGAUAUUUGGAUCAGAGGGAAAACCAGCAAUUGCUCACAGAGAUUUGAAGUCGAAAAAUAUUCUCGUGAGGAGUAAUGGGACAUGUGUUAUUGCUGACUUCGGGUUAGCUGUUUUACAUUCGCAAACAACCGGAGAGCUUGAUAUGGGAACAAAUCCAAAAGUUGGUACAAGGAGAUAUAUGGCGCCAGAAGUGUUGGAUGAAAGUAUCGACUUGAAAAAUUUUGAAGCAGUCCGACGUGCCGAUAUUUAUGCGUUAGGCUUAAUAUUCUGGGAAGUUUGCAGACGAACAAUAUCAUGCGGGAUAGUGGAGGAAUAUAAAGUACCGUACUAUGAUGUCGUGCCAUCGGAUCCCAGCUUUGAAGAUAUGCGUAAAGUGGUCUGUGGCGACGAAUAUAGACCCUCAAUACCUAACAGAUGGACAUCAGAUCCGUUGUUGGCAGGCAUGUCAAAAUUGAUGCGUGAAUGUUGGCAUAAAAAUCCAAAUGUACGAUUGCCGGCGUUACGAAUAAAGAAGACAUUGGAUAAGUUGUCGUUGUCAAAUAACAAAGUUCGACUAGCAUACGAUGAAGUAUGUGUUUGAUUGUUGUCUACGUCGCAUUUAAUAUUAGAUAGGAUAGUUUUCUAUUAUUAUAUAAUAUAAUAACGUUCUAAUUCUAAUUUUACCCUAAGUGAUAAUCAUUCUAGACAGAGAUUACGUUAUUGCAUUUUUAGAAUGAAUUUUUUUUAAGUUUAGCGAAAGAAAAGGAAACCGAAAAAAAGUAUAUAUAAAGAGAACAUAGCAAACAUCACUUCUUAACCAUCAUCCUUCACUACUGUUUUUGUUAUUAAAUUUAAUUGAAUAUGAAAAUCAUCCUGAAUAUUGGUUAUAUGUAUAUGUAAAGAAUAAAAACGUAUAAAUCUGAAUACUAAAAGUAAAUACUAGUGUAGGGUAACAUUAAGGGUGAUUUUGUUGAGAAUUAACUUGAUAUAAGACGCGUUUAAGAGAGUACAUUGUAAAUAGGUCAGACUCUAGAAUAACUGUUGUAACAUUUUCGAAGGAAGCCAUGAAGGAUUGUAAUCGAAUCGAAGAAAGUUGUUUUAUACUUCAAAAUUGUAAUUUGACUGAACAUUAUGGCAGUUGAGCGUUUUCGGACAUAUAAACUUUUUUUGUUUGCAUGAUUUUCAAUAACGGAACUUGUAGGCAAACAAGUAACUUAAUUUUCUGUAUACGAGUUUAAUUUUUGUCAACUGAGAGACUAAUCUUAUGUAUUAAAAGAAAAAACAACUUUUACUUAUAACAAAGUUUAUAUAUCAGUAAAUUGUUUAUUUUAUCUUUUUAUUUUUUAAGCAAGUACAAUAAUAUCACAUUCUGUUCAUUCAGAACGUUACAAAACAAAUAACAAAUACAAAAUACUAAAUAUCUUUAGUUUAUUUCUUAUAAACGAAGCGGAAAAUAGAAGCUAACUCAGUGGAGAUAUGCCAAAAAUAUCUAAAAAUUUAUAGAAACCUCUCAAUAAUGAAAUAUCCUCCUUCUAAUACUUAUUAGUGACUUCUCGUAGAUCUUAUAUAGAACAGGAUUUCAAAAAGGAAUAAUAAAGAAGGAAAUACACA